AUGUUUCGACAAACAUUGACUUUAGAUAAUAGAGAGCACCACAUCACUGCUAGAUCAGGUAUGCUGGCGGGCUGGGUGCCUGUGCUGCUGCUCGGCGGGGUGCUCGCCACUGCGAAUGACAAGGGCUAUGUGAUUGACGGUGCACUUAGGGUGGCCUCCCUUCAGCUGGUAGGCAAGGAGCACAGCCUUUCCACCGCUGCGGAGCCCUUCAGCCAGCGGUUUGGAACAGACUAUACCCCCUUCUCGCUGGUCCUGUCGGAGGGGAAGUUGUGGGUCGAAGAGCUGUCUCGCCAAGGAGCCAUCUUCUACAGCGAAAAGGAGUCCACGUUCAGGUUCCAAGGCCGUCUGAGGACAAAAGUUGAUUCCAGUUACGUUCUUUAUGGUGGAAGUACAUCGGUUUCUUCGGGAAAUGCUGUUGUACAUUGGAACUUAGGAUUCAACAGUUCCCUUAUUACUCGUUCCUGUAGCCUAGUGAUGGACUCACAACCCAUUUUUGAAAGCAAUUACUUCCAUAUUGACUUAUAUUCCGAGGAUAAGAAGAUGAAUGUAUCUCUACAGGAACAUCCAUUCAACAGCGUGACAAGCGUUUUCCAACAGACUUUGUCCGUUCUGGUCGAACAUUCCCUCGUAGAGACCCCGAUUUGCGAGGCCAUUUCCUGCUGA